UGAUAGUCUUGGCAUGCACUAUACUUCCAAGAAAGAAAGUAAACUAAAGAGAGAGAUGGCAGACAGAAACCCAUGUAGGAUUCUGUGCCAGGGGCUUGCCAAAGCUAAGCCUUUCCUGGCAAUGGUCUCUCUGCAAUUUGGGUAUUCAGGAAUGUAUAUUAUCACCAUGGUUUCUCUGAAGCAUGGCAUGAGCCAUUAUAUACUUGCUGUGUAUCGUCAUGUAGUUGCAACUCUUGUCAUCGCACCUUUUGCACUUGUUCUUGAAAGGAAAAUAAGGCCAAAGUUGACACUCCCUAUCUUCCUAAGAAUAAUGUUGCUUGGUUUUCUAGAGCCAGUGCUUGAUCAGAAUUUGUACUAUGUUGGAAUGAAAUUCACAUCAGCAACAUUUGCAUCUGCUUCAGUCAAUGUCCUUCCUGCCAUAACCUUUAUAUUGGCAAUUAUUUUCAGAUUGGAAAGGGUCAACGUGAAGAAGAUACAUGAUGUGGCCAAGAUUGUUGGAACAGGAAUUACUGUUGCAGGAGCAAUGGUUAUGACUUUGUACAAAGGUCCAAUCAUCGAUUUCAUAAGGUCACAUGGAACUGGAAGCCACCAUGUAAGCAGCAGCAGUCAACCAAGUGACCAGCAUUGGGUUACAGGGACACUAAUGCUCCUGGCAAGUUGCCUAGGCUGGGCAGGUUUCUUUAUAUUGCAAUCAUUUACGUUGAAGCUAUACCCAGCAGAGCUCUCCCUCACAGCCUUGAUAUGCUUGACGGGUAUGGUGGAAGGAGCAGUUGUGUCUCUUGUGAUGGAACGUGACAUGAGUGCCUGGAAAAUAGGAUUCGACUCCAGGCUUCUUGCUGCUGUUUACACUGGAGUGGUUUGCUCUGGAGUUGCAUACUAUAUGCAAGGAAUGGUAAUCAAGGAAAGAGGCCCUGUUUUCGUAACCUCUUUUAGCCCUCUGUGCAUGAUCAUCACUGCUGCCCUCGGAACCAUUAUUCUAGCUGAGCAACUUCACAUUGGAAGUGUAAUUGGAGCAGUUUUCAUAGUUAUUGGCCUUUACACUGUUGUGUGGGGUAAAAGCAAGGAUCAAACAAACUCAAAAACACCAGCAUUGGCAAAUGAGAAAAUUGACAACCUGGAAUUGCCAAUCACUGAUACUACUGCUAAAUCAGCAACCAAUGUUGAUAAUUGUAUCCAGCAUGGAACUUCCAAGCUUCCAGCGAAGAGCACCCUGCUGCCAGCAUGAAAUUAUUGCGGAGAAAUGUACAAUAAUUUAACAUAUUGUACAAGUAGUAUGGGACUAUAUAUAUGCAUAUAUAGCCCUCUCUUUCAUAAAUCUAUUCUAAGAUUUUGGUCACUAAUUAUAUAUGAUUAUAUAAGCCUUUUCUUUUUGUUGUUAAA